AUGGGAAUAACACAUCGAUUAGUGGCUGUAGCUUCACCAUGGUCAAAUGGAAUAGUAGAGAGAGUCAAUCGUUUUAUUAAAACUUCUCUCAGAAAAAUUGUCGAAUCUCCAGACGACUGGAAAAAGUGCAUACCAAGAACGCAAUACAUAAUUAACAAUACAUGGCAUAAAGGCAUUAACAAUACGCCAUCAAAAUUACUCUUUGGUUACGACCAACGGAAUCACAUGGAUGCACCUCUUUCAGAAUUCGUCAACGAAUUAGCAAGGAUAGAUACAGAUCUUGAGUUAGAAAGAAGUAAGGAUCGAAAUUUAGCUAUCGAAACUAAUGAAAAACUAAAACAAUAUAAUAAACAGUACUUUGAUAAACGGCAUGUCACACCUACCGUUUACAAAUUAAAAGAUCUAGUGAUGAUCAGAAACUUACAUGCUAAAGUAGGACAAAAUUCUAAAUUCGACCCUCCUUAUAAAGGGCCGUAUCAGGUAGCUAAAAUACUGGAUUUCGAUCGAUACUUGAUUCAAGAUGUACCAGGAUUUAACCUGUCGGCAAAACCUUAUACAGCGGUACUGUCGACCGACAAGUUGAAACCUUGGAUACGCCCAGUAUGCGAAACUGGCAGUUAG